AGCUUUGUUUGGUGUUGCUAUGAUACAGACGCCAUAUUUGUGUACAGUCGAAUAAUAACCAAAUAGAAAAAAACACACUUUAUCACAACAAAAUGGGUGUCGAUUAUUACAAUUUGUUAAAUUUAACGCGGUCUGCAACUGAUGCGGAUAUCAAAAAGCAUUACCGAAAAUUAUCUUUAAAAUUCCAUCCAGAGAAGUCCCCUGGUGACCAAGCAGCUGCUGACAAAUUCAAACAAGUUGCAGAGGCAUAUGAUGUUUUAUCAGAUCCAAGAAAGCGGGCUGUAUAUGAUCAGUUUGGUGAAGAGGGUUUGAAGAAUGGAGUUCCUAGUGGUCAGGUAGAAACAGGAGCAUGGACUCAAGGAUAUACUUUCCAUGGAAAUGCUGACAAAGUUUUCCGGGAUUUCUUUGGAGGAGAUAAUCCAUUCCAAGAAUUUUAUGACAGAGUUGAUGGAGAUAUGAGUAUGUCAUUUGGAGGUCUAGUUGGGCGUGGCAGAAAGAAGCAGGAUCCACCUAUUGAACGUGACCUCUACCUUUCCCUUGAAGAAGUGUUCCAUGGCUGUACAAAGAAAAUGAAAAUAUCAAGAAGAGUAAUGAAUGAAGAUGGUCAUACAUCAAGCAUUAGAGAUAAGAUUUUAACAAUCACUGUGAAGAAAGGAUGGAAACCAAAUACAAGAAUCACAUUCCCAGAGGAAGGGGAUCAAGGUCCAAAUAAUGUACCAGCUGACAUUGUGUUUAUUGUAAAAGACAAACAGCAUCAGAGAUUCAGACGCGAGGGUGUCAACCUUAUACACACAGCAAAAGUACCACUUGGUAAAGCCCUGACAGGUUGUACAGUAGAUAUCCUAACAUUGGAUGAGAGAAUGCUUCAUAUACCUAUCAAUGAUAUCAUCAAACCUGGUUACAGAAAGUGUGUACCAAAAGAAGGAAUGCCUCUAUCUGCUGAUCCUACACAGAAAGGAGAUUUGAUCAUUGAAUUUGACAUUGAAUUCCCUGCCACUUUAACACCAGAAAAGAAAGAUCUGGUCAAGGCAGCCCUUCUUCAUUAGAGACAAUAUUUGUUAUAAAGAAUAUCUGUGAUAGAGUGCAUGAUUUUAUGUUUUAUGAGUAACUGACUAUUUUAUAUGUCUUAUUGAUGUCCAAUGUAUAUAUGUGUUUGUAGAAAAAAUGAAAUACAAUGUAUUUAACCAAUUCUCAAAUUUUAAUAACAAAUACUGAGAAAAAUA